UACACAAGUAUCCAUCUACCAAACGGCAGAGCUACAAGACCAUCCGGGGAGCUCACUCUGCUGUCUGGAUGCUGCAAUAGCUGCAGAGAGUGCUGGCAUCAGAUUUGAGGAAGCUUUUCUCUCUGAUCUGCAGUAGGAGAAAGAAGGAUUAAUCGAUUGACAUGGAUGAUUCAAGCAUGUUCCUCCAGUGGGCAAUGAACCAGCUGCACCAGCACCCCUCUUCCGCCGACGCCGAUGCAGCUUCUGCGUACCCGGAUACUGUUGGCGGUGGCAGCGGCGGCGGCGCCGGAGAUGGGGAAGCUGCCUUCCCGUCGCUCCAAGCACUCCGCAACUCCUCCCAGCCGCCCCAGACCGCCACGGCCGCCGGCGUCCGAGUCCGGGACCUGACGGUGCAGGUGGACCACCGGACCAACAGCUGGAGCUCCGGCGACAGCCCCGGCGCUGGCGCCUCCAUGGACCACGACGCGGCCGCCGGGUGGUCCCCUCACACCGCCCGCGCCAGGGCCACUGGCCUUGGCAGCGGCAGCAACAGCAGUCCGAUGAGCUGGAACUUCAGCGCCGCGUCGGCGCAGCCAACAGACGAGAGCGGCAUCGGCGUCGAUGUCGCGCUGCCGCACGCGUCCGCGGCGAGGAGAGUGGGCAGCGCGGGACCUGCUGCGGCGGCGGCGGCAUCGUCGCCGGGGCCUGUGCAGGACCACAUCAUGGCGGAGCGGCGGCGGAGGGAGAAGAUCAACCAGAGGUUCAUCGAGCUCUCCACCGUCAUCCCCGGGCUCAAGAAGAUGGACAAGGCUACCAUUCUUGGGGACGCGGUGAAGUACGUGAGGGAGCUGCAGGAGAAGGUCAAGACCCUCGAGGAGGAGAGGCACCACGACGGCAGCAGCAUGCAGUCCGCGGUGCUCGUCAAGAAGCCGUGCCGCCUGCCUGACGACGAGGGGACGGCGAGCGGCAGCAACGGCGGCCUGCAGCCACUGCCGGAGAUCGAGGCGCGCCUGUGGGAUAAGAGCGUGCUUCUGCGGAUCCACUGUGACAACGCGAGGGGGCUGCUGGUGAACGUGUUGUCGGAGGUUGAGAAGAUGAGCCUCGCCAUCACCCACACCAAUGUCAUGCCCUUCCCCGCCUCCACCGCCAUCAUCACCAUCACAGCAAAGGUGGAGGAGGGGUUCAAUGCCACAGUGGACGAGAUAGUAAGGAGGAUUAACUCCGUGCUGCACCAGCACUACAGCAGCAGUACUACUGAACCGAAGAAACUAGAAGAUAAGAAGUAACUUUGAAACCUUAUUUAUUUGCUGAAAAACCUAGACGAAGCUUGAAGAAAUAACUCUUGCUGAUGCAUGCAUGCAUGUCCCCAUCCAAGUGAAUUGAAGGCCAUCUGAGCAAUGCAACCCCCAUCAUUUGAUGACUUAAAAAAGGCUGCUGAUCGAUGAUCAAAGAGUAACGUAAAGGUGAGGAAUUUCUCGUACGCGCCAAGCUUAGAAUCACAUUCGUGCAUGCCCCCAUGCAAGCAGUACUGUGAUCAGGUGAAUGAUGAUGC